CCGUGAAAAGAACAUUCUAAUAAUGUCAGAUAAAGUUAAUGCUUUUAUCAAAAAACUUGGAAUUUGGAUCAUUCGUCUCGAAAAACGAAAUUUUGAUGCAUUUGAUUUAACAUCAAAUUACAUUGAAAAAAAUGUAAACUUAAAAAGUCCUAUUCUUGAUCGUGUUUUUGAUACCAUGAAAACGUAUUUAAGAAAAGUGAAAAUUAAAUUACUCGAAUAUUUCUCGUGUAACGACAAUGACUUCUCAAAUAGAUGGGUUCUUAAUCCAUUUGAUGAAAAUAUUGUUGCAGUUGCCAAAUUACCAGUUGAGACUCACAACCAACUGAUAGAAUUAUCAGCUGAUAAGAAAUUACAGCUACAAUUUGGAUUUCAAGAUUUAAAUAAGGUUUGGAUUGCCCGGAAAAAUGAAUAUGGAAGUUUGGUAUCAGAGGCAUUGAAAAUUUUGAUUCCGUUCGCUACUUCUUAUUUAUGCGAAAAAGGAUUCUCAUCCAUGGUGGCAAUAUAAACUAAGUACAGAAAUCGUUUGUU